CUUUAAAAAAUAAGUGAAUAACAAUCGAGGUUUGAUACGUGUAAAUCACAUUCAGAUAGGAACAGAAAUAGUACUACUAAUUCAUCUUUAUUGUGUAGACUUACUGGUUAAUAACGGUAAUUCUGAAAAACAUUAGACAUUCAUUGAUUGGACUGAAAAGUGGAAAGCAAUCAAAAGUGAUGGAAUAUUUAAAACUAUUUUUUAAGACAAUCAGUUCACAAAGUAGAAAGAAAUUCUUCUUAAUAAUUUAUUACUGUUAAUGGAAGUAAAUUUUAUGAAAAUUAUCAAGUGUUAUCCAACCAUAUACCUCCUCAUUUUACCUUUGGCAACAAUUAAUUCUCCCAUUUUGACAUCAAAAUAAUCUUAAUGCUGUUAGAUAUUCUUGCAGAAGAUAUCACAUACAGUGUACUAUCUACAAAAUCUCGUCAGUAGCAUCCAUCACACACGCCACGGAAUGCAAAAAACUUUAAGAUAUUUGCAGGGUUUGUUGAUGAGCUCUUCAAAGACUGAAAUACUAGUUUGUUGCAAUCCUAUCAUGCGUCUGGAAGUUAUAAUUAACAAGUAAAGCUAAUUGAUUACGUAAACAGUCAUGCUUCGUUUUUUUCCAUUUAAGGUGAGAAAUCUCAAACUACUUUGAAUAAAGGAAAUCAGCUAUGAAUGGAAUUCAGCAGUCUUCAUCAGUACCGUCAACAUCUUCACCUCAUGCAGAAAACUUAUCUCCAAAUCAUCCAAAUCCUGAUGAAACAUCAAAUCACGUUAUACAGGAAGAGGGAGAAGAGGAAGAGGAAUAUGAAGACAAUGAUGAAAAUAUAACUAAUCAUCACAAUCUAGUCAAUACAAGUGGUAAAGUUUGUGGUGCAGCGUUUAACACUUUGCCAAUUUAUGAUCCACAGGGUAGUUUAGUUGGCCUACAAACUCCUGUGGACAGGAAUAUGUUAGAGGAAUUUAAUAAUGAAGGAAGAAAUGGCCCAUUCGUAUAUAAUACUUCUCUGCAAUCGGCUUACUACAAUCAACAUCAUCCCCAAUAUAAUUUAACUGUUCAGCAGAAUGCUAGUAUUAUUCCAACAGACUAUAAUAUCCCCUAUGCUGCAUAUACCACAAAUCCGCUUAACCGUCAUCUUUGCACACCAUUACCAUGUCAGCAGCAACAACAACAACAACAGUACUACCAACAAAAUUAUUCACAUAUUCUUAACCACCAACAAACACAGCAGCAACAGCAACAACAAAAUCAACAACAGUCAUAUUUUGUACACCAGUAUCAGCCACAAGCAGCAAAAGCAUUUCUAGUUAGAUCUGCUUCAGCAAUUGUUGGAGUUGAUCAAAAUGGUUAUAAUAAUCCUGAAAUAUUUAAACCAUUGUCUAGUGAAGAAACAUUUGAUAAAUGUCCAAUAGUUUGCAGUUUAUUUGCAAUAUUCUGUUGUCCAAUUACAAUAUGGUGUUCAGUUCCAGCACUGGCUUAUUCAUUAUGUGCCUAUACUGAUUAUCGUGCCUCUGAUGUUAACAGAUAUCGGCGUAAAAGUGAUAUAGCAAGACACUUGGUAAUUACGGCGUGUAUAGUCGGUUUGUUGUUAUGCCUAACAUGGGGAAUAUUGACGUUUUUUUAUUAUGAGUUUAUGUUAUCAGUAUUUAAUGAUGUUAUACGUGUUGUUUCACACAGGAUUCGAUCGGGUACAUAGAAGAAAAUGUGCCAAUUCUGAAAUUUUUGACAAUUCCUUUUAAUUUUCCAAGUUUUAAUUGUCUUUAUGACUUACAUGAUUUUAAGAAUCAUUGUCUACUUUAAAUAUAUCGUUUUAUACGGUUUCAGUAUGAA